CUGGGAGCUUUGGUAGUCAUUCGUCGAUUGCAGCCGUGAGCGGUACGAGAGUCUUUGGCUAAACACGGGAAAAAGGUUUUGUGCGCUUACAAAGGAUCAUCAAGUUCUUUGCUUUCGUUGCCAAAGCUGCUCUCCCGUAUCCUGGUUUUGCCAGUGUCAGCCGAAGAUUAAGCAGGAUUUUGCAGAAAAAGAAAAGUUUUGCAUAUUAUAUUGCACAUAUAUAAUCAAGUGCACAAAAAGUGGGCGAGGAGCAAGUAUAAGAGCGACUUAGCUGAGUGAAAUUAAUUACCACUUGGAUUUCCAGACAUUUUUAUGAUUAAGCGAAUCGUACAUUUUCAAAGCAGACAUUAGUUCAAAGUGAAAAACGGAUUGUUGAAAACUUUGUUAGUAGUUAAGCGUUGGGAAAGGAUUGUGAAAAAAAAACAAAGAAACUUAAACCAGGGGUAAUCGAUUAAGACGACAUUUUGAAUUGUAUUUCAAUUGAAAUUUGAAAUACUUUGUUAGUGAAGGAGAACAAUAGAACAUUACUGAAGCUUAGUUUCGAUAUUGAAAAUAAAUUUUGUGCAUAAGUUACCGUGCAAGUAAUAUUGAUAUUGCGUCAGUGGUAGCGUAAAAACACCAACACGGUAUAUAGCAGUAUAUACCCUCUUAGUAUUCAUUCAAAAUGCUUAUAAAACUAGUGAAAGAAGAUUUUCCGUGCUUCAAAAAUGGAUUCAUAUAACAUUAUCUUCGCUUGAUCGCGUUAUUUCAAAAUUAUUUUAGCAAGAUGCAUAGUGGAAGUUUCAUAUCCCCCAAACACCCGGCCGUACCAGUUUCCAUCGGCAUCGCGUCUAUCGUGCUCGAGGGUAGACCAGCAAUCCUCGAUGAAAGUGCCGCUCACUCUGGCGAUGGUGCCAGCUGUGGACCGGGUGGGGGAGGAGGCGGUACAUCGGACGAAGAAGGUGGGUUUUACGGGGCAACCGCAAACCGUGCUAGACGAUGCGGCUCUAUCGAAAGGGCCAACCGGGACAGUCCUAUGCUAGCGGUCGACUGUCACAAGUCCUUCAUGUCCGAUGCAGCGAAACGAAUCAACUUAAAGCUGCAGCAAAUUCGAUCCUGUCCCGGUACAAGCAAGGAUAUAGUAGAGAAUAUGGUGACAGUGAAUGCCGGUGCAUCCGGGAGCGGAGGACGCGGUAGUGCAGGAACUGAACCGAACGAUUAUGAUGGAUAUGGAGUCGAGUCCUUUAUCAGCGAAGCUCGAAAUGAAUCGAGUCCGCUUCUGUUUAGUGCCAAAGCAUGGAGCAGAGACCAUAUUUACAGCGGAUUUGAGAAGAUGAAAUUACUUGGUGCUGUAUCACCGAUCAAAGUUCCACCAGCGGCUACACAACCAUUUAUCAAUUUUUCUCCUACUGUUAAUUCACGCAAAAAAUCGGACGCUGGUAUUAACAAUACCCCUAAAAAUCGUUCUCGGGAAGGUCCUCACUGUGAGCAGUUUUUGAAAAAAAUUGGUGUCAUCAAAACAGAUCAAAAUGAGGAAAUCGAGCAUAGCUGUAGUUAUCGUAAUGAAUUCUGUCUACGCUGGCAAGCUUAUUUUAAACAACUAUCGUCAAUUUUAACUAGCGGUGAUGCAAUCUGCAUUGAGGUUUAUCUUGGGCCCGAAAAUCAUGCUAUCUUAUUGGAACAAUGGAUAUUGAAAUUGAAAAUCAAAAACUCAGACUCAACAAUGACCCUUCAAUCGCUUUGCGCUGCCAUACGUAGUCAAUUAUACUUCUCGCAAAUCUCCGCCUGGACCGAUCUAAUCAAGAAUUCGCUGGAACCAGAAAUUUUCAAUCAUCCUCGUAUAAAAAAAUCUCUGAAUACCAUGCCACCUUCCUCAGCGGUUGAUUAUGAUGGUAGCAGCAUUAACGGUGAAACUUCUCCGCCUAUACUGCCGAACGCUAAGUUGGAUAUACUUUUCCGCAUACGAAACUACGAUAACACCGCUUGUUUUAAAGAGACUCCCAAUGUACACAAUUUUCCCGACGCCAUGAUUGCUGGAAAUUACGUGAUUGAAGUAUGUCUCAAAAGUUUACCUAGAAUGGAGCGCAUCCCACGGAUCACCGACGAUACAGACUCUAAAAUGGAUGAUAACUUGGUCAGUGAUAGGAUCGAUUUGCCAUGUCAUGAAAAGGGAAAACAUCGUUGCGCUUUUCGUGACGAGGAAGAAGAUCCUCAGAUGGUUGAUGACGAUUUGACAUCAGUUGCAAUCAGUCAUCGGGAAAAACAAUUGAUGAAGUACAAGAAACGCAUGAUGAAACGGGAAAAGAAAAAGAAAGCUGCUGGUCAAGAUUCAGCUGAGUUUGCAUCAGCGACUGCAGCAAAUGGGUCAGUAUUUGGCGGGACAGCCUCGAUGCCGGUGUGCAAAUCCCCGGCAUUGAGUAUUCCAAUUGGAACCCAUAGUAGCAGCAGCAAUAACAGCAACUGCAGUAUGCCGCCAUACACUUCGUCCAUCAAUUUGAUCCAACCGCCACUGUACUCGAAUUGCGAUGAUCUUUAUCAAACGGCCACUUACAUGUGUGCCAACGGCAACUCCAAAGCUACACAGACUGCCAUAUUUUCAAGUAUGUCAAGCAGUGGUAACGUCUCAACUGUGGCUACUCAGACGGAUGCAAGUGGGUGUUGCUGUCUCUGUUCCAAGCAGCAGCCAAAAUCGGAGCCUGACAGAGCCAUGAUCAUGAGCACAAAUGGUGAUAGUCAAAUGCAAUAUAGUAAUGAUAGUAAUUAUAUUCGUCGUGAUUACCCUAGUGAUGACUGUGAUAAAAACCGCCAGCCAGGAGCUGAUAUAGUGGUUGAUGAUAAACAGCCCCAGAAGCAACAGCACGGUGAUUCCAAGGGCCUUCGAAAGGCCGAAUUGCUUCUGCAGGCCAUCCACCGUACGGCCAUUAUCAACGACCACCCCAAGCAGCCCGACGUGGCAUAUUUCAAAAACAAUAAUUACUAUAGUGGUAGUUACAAUGAUAAUAACAAUAUCGAUAGUGAUACUGUGAAGUGUGAGCGAAGCGAAUGUGAUACUUUUACUUUCAACAAAAAUGCUCUAGACUUAGGUGACUGUCGUUUAUGCAAACGACAAAAAACGAAGCAUAAUUUUAAGUUAGUUCUCAGUGAGCAGUCGGACAGCAGCAGCAGUUCUAACAGCAGUCCUCCUGGGUGUCGUCGAACUUUGUCAGAAAGCUUGGUUGGCCAUUUUACGAUUCCUUCGCCUUUGGCUGGCAAAAAUGACGGUGGCAAUGAGUCCGAUACGAACAAAACUCACGCCAUUGGCAACUUUAGAGACGAUCAGGAUCUGCGCAACAACGGAAAUGAUCUCAGCACUGCUCUCAGCAGCUCCACGGGUGCGGUCGAAAGCGGUAUGCUUACUUUUGAGCAACUCAAGAGUUAUCGGCGGGCUUUCUCUGAAGAUGUCAUUGAUACAAUCAACUUGAAAAGUGGACCAAAGCAAAUCGUAACUGAUCAUAACAUUGAUCUCCUGGACGAUCAGGAAGAAGAGGAAAAUGAUGAUGCGUUUCAGACGUGUGAAUGCUCGUUUAAAUUGGCGCAACCGAGACGUUUGUUAGGGUUUCCAGAUAGCCGGUCGCCAUUUGUAACACCAAGCUGUGAUCGACUUCAGACGUCAACACCCGCCAACAGUACUGGCAAAGAUCCUCUCUACGUGAGUUGUGCAGAAAGUGACUGUUCCGUUAGUACGGCCAGCAGUGUCUCACCUCAUAAAAAGCAAAUUCUUAGUUAUACAGCUUUUACCAAAAGCACUACGCAACAGAGCAAGCCAACCUCUCCGACCUAUUUCAACAUCCCGAAGAUAAAUCUCACCAACGUAUUCAACGUAUCUCCUUUGGCUCGUGAGGAUUCAGGAUUCGCGAGUAGCUCAAGCCCUAUACCAAUCGAUGGAAGUGUGUUCAGCUUUACCGGAUCUGUAGACCGUUUGCAUAUGCGGAAAUCGAACUCGGCACCAACAAGUCAUCUUUCACCCGGAUCAUUAUCCCCUCGCUUUUAUCAUCACAGUCAUAAAAUCCAGCGCACUCGCCAUCUUUCAGAGCGCAGUUCCUUUUCCGAACGAUCAUCGGUUGGUUCCGAUGAACAAUUGUCGGACGAUGAGUUUCCUUUCCUGCCAUCAGAUUCCAGUACUACAAACGGCGCUGGUUUGCUGCCUCUUGGGAUAAACACACUCACGUUUUCACCGUUGAAAUUUGGCAACGCGCAACGUACUUUUGGUAAACCGUUUAGUAAGAAUCUUUUCAAGUUCGGUCGGCUACCGCUGCUAGGCACGCUGGAGGAAUCGUUGCUGCAACGUCGUAUUGCUCCAAAGUUCCAAGUAGGUGACUUCAAGGUGCUGCUAGGCGCGUCAGGGAGCUUUUGUCCGACUCAACUAACUAUUCCGGCUGCAUCAUAUUUUUAUGAAUUGCCGGGACAGCAUCUCACCACACCUUAUGUGUGUGAACUACGUCUUCCAAGGAAAGGUUACUCAGUUCCGCGUCAGGGAACGGUCCAGGUCACGCUACUCAACCCGUUGGGAACUGUCGUUAGAAUGUUCGUUGUGCCGUAUGAUUUCCGAGAUAUGCCAGCGAUGUCGACUACAUUCAUCCGCCAGCGUAUACUUGCAUACGAUGACAACAGCAAGGAUGCGGUCGGAUCUACGAAAAACGUUGAUGAGCUCAGCAAUGCCGAGCAAAUGAAACUACUGCGAUAUGCUAUUCACUUAAGAUUCCAGACAUCGCGUUCCGGUAAGUUGUCACUGCAUACUGACAUUCGACUGUUGAUUUCCCGACGCACUGACUGUGAUACUGCGGCAGCCCAUGCGAAAAAUCUGCUGGAGGCACCAAACGAGCUGAAGGUGGUCACAAUCGUCCCGGAAUAUCCCAAAUUCAGCCCUAGGGUGGAUAAGCAGUAGAGUCGUUUGGGCUUCGUUGAUUUAUUUCUCUUUAGUCGCAAUAUUUUGCGCAUAUAGUAUUUUGAAAAUUCGAACGUUUUACAAAAUUUUUAAUUCGUGCGUAUCUUCGUUCUUUGCCUCGUUUCGUUGGCAAACUGUGAUUGUAAGGUUUACCACUUGUCGGUCAUAGUGUACGUAUAGCAUUAGCAAGGCGAUGGCUGGAGCUUGUUCGUGAAACAGUGCCGAUGAAAAUCGGACAUGAAAAAUGGCCCACAAUCGCUUAUGUAAAAUUUUAUUUUAUCGCAAUGAUUUUGUUUUACUUCAUAUGUUAUGAAUUCUUUUGUUAAUAUAAGUAAUUCAUUUUUUCCUUUGCGUUUAGCCUCCUAUAUCCACUAAUAAUUCAAACUCUGCCACUAUUAUAGUUGUACAGGGUUCGUACUUUUGACUUGCAAAUAAUUUAUCUGAUUGAAGUCAAAGAAUUUUCGAACUCAUAACAAAGUUUGCUGUGGCGUUUCUUAGAAAUCAGUAGUUGUGACGAGAACAAAUUUAAACACAAUUUUGUUCGCUAUUUCAAACCGAUUCAAAAUCUUUUACAAUGUUCGCUUAAAUCGAAAUUGAGAACGAUAUUGAAUGAAAUGUAAAUGUUUAAGCUGUGAUGUGCAAAGAUGACUAUUUCCGUUUACGUGCUCGUUGUAAUAUUCGAUCUCACGUAGCAUAGAUAUGGUCAUCUCUAAAUAAUAAAAGCGAAUUGUGUAUACUGUUAAUAUUUGUUUGUUUAUACAUACAUACUACGAUAAUCACCCUAAGUCGAGUUUUUUAAUACUAGAAUUGAGUUUUUUUUUCUGCAGGAUGCAACCGGUUUUUACCCUAACUAUCAUUUAAUAAAAAUCACCAACGAUUACUUCUAAAGACCGGCGUAUACAUUUUCUAGAUAUUUUCCAAAAAAUUACAAUCAGCUGGCUGCAGGCACAUGUUCGGUUUCACCAUUUCUGAUUAAUUUUCUUAUGUCCCAAUUCAAUUGUUAGCAUGUUCUUUCCUAACAUGAAUGAAUUCCCAGUUUUCAAUAGUUUACUACUUAAUCUCUGGGCUUUCAUCCGAAUUACAUUCUUCAUUUAGUUUAAUGUUGCCAAAACGAAAAUUUUCUGCGAUUCACUUUAGAAAAAGUUCACACCACUAGUGAAAAAGGUUAUCAAGAAUUUCACCGUUCGUCCAAUUCGCCAACUUUUUUUUUGUUUUCAAUGUAAUUGUACGGUGCUUGAUAAGAUUUCUGAUGGUACAUACUAAUGAUUCAUGAUAACAUUUUUCCUUCCUUCUCUAUGGAUAAGGUGUACAGAAACAGUGUUUGCAUUUUCUAGUAAGUGUAUGGAAAACCACUUGAUUUGUAGCGAAAAGAAACUGUUAGCAGGUGUUGUAAUAAUGUUUAAAUAACACAUCGCUGUUGUACACAUCGAGUAGCAAAUGACGGGCACUGCCAAACUUAUGAGUUUUCUGUUAAUGCCAACACAAAAGACGAUAGGAAAUGAAACGUUCAACCGCCAACAGAAAAACUAGUUAAAACCCAUUUGGGGUUACUUUUUAGUAACUGAUUUGUCCCUGACAUUUCACAUGCAUCUUCUAAAGCCAGUAUACGACAAUAGUUUACUGUUUUAUUUUCCGGGAAAUUUCAUAAAUAUUCACAUUAAAAUAGAUAUGAAAUUUAGAUGUUAUUAAAGCGUCGGAAAAAUCCGCAUCUGCAUAAAAUUCCAACGUAUCACUUUAGUAAAAAUGUUUCAGAUUGUGUUCGGAUACUUUGGAAAAACAGCUUCCAGUAGAAUUAUAAUCUUCACAGAAAUAACUGAUAGACUUAAAAAAAAGGGGUUGCGUUUUCGUUGUCGUUGGGUACGAGAUUGCGCUCAUCGCUUUCUAUAUCGAUAACACCAUAUUGACAUAAGCUUAUGAUUGAUUUGUCCCACAAUCCAAAAUAUAAGGAAGCGCAGUACGUAAAAUGCAGAAUGUCCUUGACCGAUUCUUUUUUCGAUUUUGUGUUUUUUUCUUUCUCAAAAUUUGUUCCAUAAAAUCAGUAGAGCAGACCUUUUCAAUUGUCCUGAUAAACACAGACAUAUAAAUGCUAGUCAGUAACAAUAACAAGUUUGCAGAUAAAUAAAGUGACAUAGUAAUAACACUCGUGUGGAUUUCCAUAACAAAUGUACAUAAACAACUGUCCAUAUGUAAAACGAAAAUUGCAAUAACAAACUCAAACAGAAAAAGAAGCAGAAUUUCAAUGGACAAUUGAGUCCUAAAGCUAUACCAGUUUUUAUAUAUCAUUUGAAAAAUCCGCGUUUUCUGAGCAAAACGUGAUUUUUAAAAAAUGUUCACCGUUUUCCUUCGAUUUGUAAAUGAGGAAUAAAAAAAGUGCUCGAAAGGUCUUAGAUGACGUUUCGCCCAUGUACGGUACAGUAACUAUUCGCUAACUGGGCACGCUUUAACUGGGCUUCUUUUUAACUGGGCGCUCGCUAACUGGGAGGAUUCCCAGUUAAAAAGACAACAAACGUCAAAUAUCUAAACGAACAUGUGGAUUGGGAACGAAAACUGAAAAAUUAAAGUUUUUCUAAUCGAGCAUAUUUAAAAUACAAAAACAAUAAUAUAGCUGAUGAGAGAUAAGUUUGUAGUUGUGGCCUCUCUAUUUGGUGAUCAACUUGAGAACGAAAGUCUUUUAUGAAGUUGUCGCGAAGCAGCGAUAUCCAUCGAACUUCCCCUCGGCGUAGAGAUGAUAUCCCAGUUAGCGAGCUGCUUUCAAUAACUGGGAAGUGCUCGUCGCCCAGUUAGCGAACAGUUGCUGUAUAUGAGAGAACUGUCAUUUAAGGCAUUUCGAGCAGUUUUUCAUUCUUCAUUUAAAAAUCAAAGGAAAAUGAUGAACAAUUUUUAAAAAUCACGUUUUGCUCAGAAAACUGCACUCUUUCAGCUGAUAUAUAAAAAUCAGAAAACCGUUUAAAACUUUAGGACUCAAUUUUGUUGUUCAGCGAUCCUCGAAUUUUAGUGUAACCAACGGGAAAGGAUUGAAUAAAUCCCUUUCCGUUGCCGCGACAUGUCUUUACUGAAUAAACCGGAUUUGUGUCGGAAAAUCCAGAAUAUUUGUUGAUGAGGCAAGGAUGAAUCACUAAAAGUAAAUAAAGCAAGCAACACCUUAGUGACGAUAGAAAUAUCACUAGUUUUAUUGGACGUCAAUAACGAUGAAAAGGCAUAACAAUAUACCGAAGAUUUAAAACAUUAGUUGCGAGUAUAAAAUGGACGUUAAACUACAUAAAACAAAACAAAAAAUACUAAAAACAUAUACACAACACAUGCUAUAUAUUUAUACAACUUUUUUCAAAACAUAAUGGAAAAUAUUUAAUAAAUAAUUUGGGGAAUCGCCCCUUUAGAUGUUCAGUCAAUAAAA